AUGAAUAUAAAAGUUAAGUUUCCCAAUGGGCAUUACUUGGAGUUCUAAUGUCCAGACUAUUGGACAACUGAAUAAAUUCGACAUUUCUCUGCCAAAAACUAAUCUUUCUAUGAUCCAGAUGCAAUCAAAUUAUAUCAUGGUGGCGUGGAAUUGUAUGGCAAUGAAAAGUUACUCGAAAUUGCCAAAAAAUAUGAACAAAUCGUAUUCUUAACAGUGAUUGGUGCUAAAAAAUAACACCCACAACCAAAUAAAUAAUUACUCUAUCUAGAAUACACUAAAAACAUUCAAAGAGCAUUAGUAUUCAAUUAACUAAAUGUGUCCAAUUUCUAACCCAUCAUUUCACAAAUGCCAAUAAUGGGAUUGAAGUUUUAACAAAACGCUGAGGAGAAAAUUGAAAAACCACCAGAAUAAUAAUAAAGGAGAAAUGAUGACAAAGACUCCCCUAUAUAGUAAGAGAUAUUCUUCCAUUUUAAAAUGAUUUGUUAUAUCGGAUUAUUCUAUACUUUGUUUAGCUCAUACUUUAAAGGGUAGAAUUACUAUUAUUUAUUGGGUAUUAUUGGAAUAUUCUAUUGGACCAAAUAUCAGGAAUUUAAGGCACAAUUGAGAGAAUAAUAGUUAUAAUUAUAGAGAUAAUAAUAACAACAACAAUAAAGAGACGUCAACUAAAAUUAAGAAGCACGGCAAUAAUAAUAAUAGCAACAAUAACAAUAAUAAUAAUAAUAGCAACAAUAACAAUAGUAACAAUAAUAAUAGCAACAAUAACAAUAGUAAUAAUAAUAAUAAUAAUAUGUUAAUAAAAAAAAUACUACUAAAAUACAACCUGAUGCUAAUAAAUAUUCAGAUGUUAAUUUAGAAUAAUAAUUUGAGUAAUAAGAAAAAUUUGAUGAUUUAGAUAUAUCUAACGAUCAGGACAACGAAUUAGAUUUGUAAUUGGAUAGUUAAGAACAACUGUAGGAUUUUUUGAUUAGACAUGCUAAACUAUUGCAAGCCUAAUAAUUAUCAAAAGAUCUCUAAUAAAAUAAAACAGAAAUAACAGAACAUAAGCAGGAAACAAACAAAUAAGACAAUGAAAGUUUCAACAUAAUUAAAAAAGAAAAACAACAAAACCAAUUUUAGAAUAAUUAAGAAAAAAUAGUCAAAGAAGAGGAAGAAUUGGUAUUUGAUGAGAAAUAAUUUCAUGAAAAUACUUAAGAAUAACCUAAGAUAGAAAAUACUUAACCAAAUAAAGAUAACUAAAUAGAUGAGCCCAAGAUUGAGUAGUAGAAUAAAGGACAAGGAGAAAUGGAUGUUCAACAAGAGAAAUAAGAUGCUAAAGAAAAGACCUAAGAAAUAUAAUUUGAAAAAUAGCCAAAUGCAGAAUAGGAUGAAGAGCCUGAAUUAGAAGAAGAAGUGCGAAGACUUAAAUAAUAACUAUAAAAUUAGAAGAUGACAGUGAGUUCCUUUUUUAAGGCUAUUUUUGAGUUAGUCUACUGUUAUAUAAUGUCUUUAUUUCCGUUUUGGCAUGUUGGAUUGUAUCAAUAGGAAUGA